UAAAAAUGGUCGUCUUUCUGAGGCUGCUUUCCCUUUCUAUUUUCUUCUGGAGCCAGGGGAAAACUUUUGGUUCCAUGAAUACAACAGUGACGGAUCUUUCGGGCAAAGAGCCGCUCGGACAGGACGUCUUCAGACAACUCCUGAACCAGGAGACGCUGAUCCGAAUGUCCAUGGUUAAAAACGUCCACAGUCUGAUGCAAGACAUGGUGUCACAAAAAGACAGUACGGUGAAGCUGCAAAACAUCGUUAACAAACUAUCAAUUUUAUUAGAGGAAGAAAAAACGUCAAGACAAACGGAAAUCAAAGAGCUAAAAAGUGAAAACCGGAAACUAAAGGAAACUAUUGAGAAAAUGGACAAAGUUUUAAGUGAGCUGAAUCAGACAGAUGCUAGGUUAGAAACUGAUAUUAACAAAGUCUGGGAUGAUCAAAAACAAUUUGUUAAAGACAUGAACGCAAGUCAGGAAUCGUCUACAAGAAAAACCAACAAUGUCUUAUCAGACCUGAAGGUAGAGCUUCGCCUUCUCUCCAUGAGUGUUUUGAAUGUUGACAAGCGUUCACAAGACCUAAACAAACGCCUAGACAAUGUAGACAAGACAAUACCAAAGCAGAUCGAGGAGAAAUAUCACGUGGUCUCAGCAAUGGCCAAAAACUUGUCGGAACAUUUAUCAGAGGAAACUAAUAACACAUUAAGUAACAUGAGAUCUGAGCUUGAAGACACCAAACAGAGUCAGCUGAAAAUAUCAGCAGCAGUGUUGUCUUUGGAAUGGUUCAAAAACAACAUCUCCAGGGGAAACUGCGACUUGUCGAAAAGAAUAGGCUUCACGGCAGGUGUAUCGUCUAGUGGAAGAAGCUGGUCCUCAGGUAAAUUGAUAUUUACCAAAGUGUUGUACAACCAAGGAAAUGGCUACGAUUCUGCAUCCGGGGUUUUCACAGCGCCCUCUGCUGGCAUGUAUGUGUUCUACGUCUCCAUUACUUCGUAUAGUUCGAACACUAUCUCGGUAGACAUAAUUCUCAAUGGGUACUCCCAGGUAACAGCCAGAGCAAAUGGAGGAAGCGGAAGUCUUUAUACUGGAUACGGUUCCUCUGACUAUUCAUAUCCGUAUCAGUCUGGAACAAACAUGGCAGUCCUGUCCCUAAAGCGCGGAGACAGAGUUUGGACUGGGUACAAAUCGGGGACAGGGUACUAUACCGAUAGUACUCCAAUUACAACAUUCUCUGGAUUUUUGAUUUAGAAGUGCUUCAGAGCAGACAAUUUAGAAGAAAAAUGAAAUUACGAAUCCUGAUCCUUAUCAUUGCCAUAUCGCAUAUUUUAUGUAUGCUAUCACUGCUAUUUGAACAGUUUCUCUGUCAAUAAAAAAUAUCCAAAUGAACCUCCUUUAUAAAUACCUUUAUCAUCCAAACACGUAUUAAAGCUUCUUAACACUUGUACCUACACAGUCAUUGUCUCUUCAUAGUAGAAAUUGUUGACAAGAAGGUAUAUUUGAAUUAA